GUGUUAAUCGACCGGCGGCUGCAGUUUAUAAAGAGACGAUGAAGGCUGGGGACAUUCAUACGGGACCGACGGUUUAAAGAGAAGCGUGGUGGUGUGAACGGAGACCAUGUCGGACAGAAAGUCGCUGUUAAAGCAAGCUGAGGGGGAGAACGUGCGGAGAAGAUCUGCUGCUGAUUCCUCAGAAAACUACAUUGAUCCUGAACUGCAUCGCCAUGGUCACCAGCGACAUCCUCAGACUGAUAGGCUCUGCGUUGGCCCCCAUCAUCCCGAGCUUGGAACCAUUACAACACCUUCACCGGAACCUUCUUCCUCUCACUUCUGCCACUACUCUCCAAAAUGUUUCCUGGCUGUCCACAAAGCAGCUGGACACGGUACUUCAGCCAGGUCUACUCCGUCCCAGUACGCAGAGGAAGGUUGGCACGAGGCCACCACCAAGACCACAAUCAGAGCUGAGAAUGAGGUGGAGGCACACAGGGAGGCCAACAACUACAAGUUUGGCUUUAGAAAGUGGAAAGGCAAUGUAACAGAGCGGCCCAUUGAAGAAAGAUCAGAUAUCGCUAAAGAGUUGUACGCUGAUCUUAGUGUCGUUAAACCUCGACAAGGUUCAGUGGUGUCCUUUGGAAAUAUAGUUUAUGUGAUUUUAUUCGGGUGGUGGAUCUCUUUAAUCUACAUCCUUGUGUGUCCUUUACUGUAUUUAACAUACAUUUGUGCUCCUUAUGGCAAACUUUGUCUAAAAUUGGCCUGGUACUUUAUUUGGCCGUUUGGGAAGUCAGUAGAGAAGGCCAGUGACAAAAUGAAGGGCCCAACUGUGAUACCAUCAAGGUCGGAGGGCGUUGUUGAAGACAGGGACAAUGAUGACAGCAGGGUCCAUGUACGGGACAAUGGCACGACACCACUGCUGGUGUCUUCACCGGUCACUGUGGAAUUCCCUGUCCCACAACUACAGGUCAAAACAACUUCAAAGCACUGGUGUCGAGUCAGCACCUAUAUUUGGUUGAUACUGUGUUACCCGGUGCUGGCUGUGGUCCACUCUCUGGCCUCUGUGUUGUCCUGGAUCCUUAUCUUCACCAUCCCUGUUUCCAAGAUGAAUGCUCGCACACUGGCGACUGUCCUACUCAUGGCACCGGAGGACGUCCAAAUACGUAAACUAGAAAAGACGAUUGAAGGUGAAGUCAGAGUCAUCCUCUGCUGUUAUCAAGCUGCCAAUGUGCAUUACAUCAAGUACACCGUUCAGGGAAUCAACAUUUUUGCUCUCAACUCGCUUCCUCUGGUAUUUGUCACCUUGAUUAUUGGCUACACUGACCGCACAUCUGCUUAUUUUAGCUCAGAGGUCAAGUUUGCCACUGCCAUUGCCUCCAUCAUCCCUCUGUCUUACUAUAUCGGCAUGGGAAUAGCCAGCAUUUCCGCACAGAGCAAUUUUGCGGUGGGAGCAGUGGUGAACGCGACUUUUGGCUCCAUCACUGAGAUCACGUUUUACAUCACAGCACUUCUACAGGGGUACAACGCUGCCAGCAAGUGUUAUGAGGAUAUUGUAAAGGCAGCCCUCACUGGAACCUUGCUUGGAUGCAUUCUCUUUAUACCUGGUAUCUGCAUGAUCAUUGGGGGCAUCAAACACCGGGAGCAGAGGUUCAACAGUCGUUCUGCAGGAGUCAGCUCUGCUUUGCUCUUUAUUUCCGUUGGAGGUGUGUUUGCUCCCACUCUGUUCUCAAAAACGUUCGGUAAUCUGGUGUGUGAAAGCUGCACCAGCAUUCCAAGUAAUACCAGCGUUCCCUUCGCCUGCAAGGACUGUCAUUAUGACAUGAGUGCAGGUGACCCACAUUUGAUUCUCACCCAUAUUGAGCCCCUGGUGUACACUAUCUCUGUGCUGCUGCCUGCUGCCUACCUGAUUGGGCUCAUUUUCACCCUGAAGACCCACUCCCACAUCUACGACAUCCACAUCAGCGACGGCCACGGCGGCCAUGCACAUGGAGGUCAUCACGUGGUGCACUGGUCACGGUGGAGAGCUCUGGGAGUGCUGAUCGUAGCCACAAUACUGAUGGCCUGCUGCGCUGAUCUCAGCACCGAGAACAUUGAACCCAUUCUGAACCAUUCCUCUGUUUCCCAGUACUUCAUCGGUGUCACACUGUUGGCCAUGGUGCCAGAAAUCCCUGAAAUUGUGAAUGGAAUCCAGUUUGCUCUGCAGAACAACAUCAGCCUGAGCCUUGAGGUUGGUAGCUGCAUUGCUGUUCAGGUCUGCAUGAUUCAGAUCCCUCUGCUCAUCCUCUUCAAUGCGUUUUAUGAUGUGGGGUUUGUUCUUGUGUUCAGUGACAUCCAUCUCUGGGCCAGCAUCUUCAGUGUCAUUUUGGUCAAUUAUAUUUUCAUGGAUGGAAAAUGUGACUACUUUCAGGGCACUGCUCUUGUGGUGGUUUACUUCAUCCUGUUGGCACUUUACUUCUUUGCUCCUCCUCCACACACUUGUUGACCUGCUUCCAGAAAUACAUCUACAAAAUCCCAUAAUGUCAGCUUGUGUAUAUGUAACUGUAUGGUCACUGUUUUUUUGGG